GCACCGAGAAGUAUAAAAAGGGAAUUCUGUCGUGCAACACGUAAAAAGCUGACGUUCUAAACACAUAUCGGUUACGCAGAACACACGAAUUUAUGACGUGGCAGACACUUUUAAGCGCCUCAUCUCAAUGACAGAAGGUUCAUGCACAUCAUCGGAAAGAACUGAUUGGAAUCCUUGGAAAAAAUAAUUCAAAACUGGUGAUUCAGAGGUUGUAAGUCAUUCCGGACGAUGGAGAAAUAUCGGAUUACUAUUCGUCAAAGGAUUUAAUUACAAUGCAUUAUUCAUAAACACUGAUUCAACGUACAUGCAUUUGUGUUGUUGUUGUCGUUGAUGCUCUGGUCGUUUUCGUCCUAGCCGCCGAACACUCCUAAAGUUGGACACAAUGAUGUAAAGUUGCUGAGGAGAAUGACGAGGAAGGAGUUUGUGUUACAAAAGGAUAUAAGUAUGUUAAAGUGGAGAAAGAUGGGAACCGCAAUCGUCAAACCAGACCGACCAUCUAGACACAGGCGAGGGUCCCAGGCCUCCACCGUCUCAACAGAGGAUCAAGACGAAUACGAAGAUUACCCAGACUCCAAAGAUACAGAGGAGUGUGGCUCAAAGGUCGGCAACGAAAGCGCUGGAAGUACUGCUAGUCACGAAAGUCAUGAAAGUCAUGGACGCCACGAAAGUCAUGAGAGUGCUGGUAAUGAGAGUCAUGAGAGUAUUGGUAAUGAAAGUCAUGAGAGCACUGGUACAAACGAGAGCGCUGGUAGCAAUGAAGGCACGGGGAGUAUCCUGAGCACAGACGGCAGCGAGCCAAAGAAGCUGCCCAAGAGAACUAAAAGGGUUUCUUUUGAAGAUGACAUCCAGAUAUCACAGACCGAGUCCCAGCAUGAUACAACCAGUUCGGGCGUCCAGUCAGACAUCAGUCCAGAUCCGCCAAGGAACGUAACUUUCCGUCCCCAAACAAACCACAGCUCGGACAGACGCUCGGACAGACGGAGCAAUUGCUCCAGUGAUUAUAACGAGUAUACUGUGACAGCAGUGGUGCAUGGUGUACCGAACAGUACCAGUACUCCUCCUCCGCCGUUGGGUAAUGACGGGACGCAAAUGUACCCACGAAGUAGAGUGGAUGUGACUUUAGAUAGCGAUUCGAGUAGUGAACCGAGGGGGUACCAGCAAAAGGUUCGAAACAGGACGCAGCGCCAUCUACAAAGUAGUUCCGAAACGAAUGGACGGACAUUGCGCGGGGAUAACCAUUCUUUAGACAGUGAUUCGAGUAGUGAUCCGCGGUUGCAUAGCAGGGUAGGCCGGUUUAAAUACCAGCAUAGAGGUCAGGGGUCAGAUUUCAGUGAUUCUAGUGGAGAUCCGCGAUUCACGAAAGUGACAUUUAAAAAUCACGUGACAUUUAAUAACCACGUGAUGGAGACUAGUUUUGACAGUUCGUGCAGCGAUCCUGCGCGGUUUAUUUCCCCGAUGACUAGUCCACUCAAGUCCCCCGGUGUGCCAUACUAUACCAGCUCCCCAAACUGCCCUAUUGACCCUUCCUCGGACUAUUCCAGCGGAAAUCUCUCACAAACUGACUUACAGGAGACGCAAACGAUCAUGCAACUUGCAAACCUAAAGAAACGGCAAAGGAAAUUCAACUAUUUUGAUCUAUUACCCGAUGAUGUCAUACAGCGAAUUUUCGCCUAUCAGUCAACAGAUGACAAAUGUCGUUGUGCUCGAGUUUGUAACCGCUGGUUCGGAUUAGUGUGGGACCCGUGUCUCUGGAGUACAAUUAGGAUAUCAGGGGACGAGGUUGAAGUUGACAAAGCUCUGAAGGUUAUAACGAGGAGAUUAAGUUACGACACCCCGUACCUAUGCAUGACUGUUCAUUCUAUUGUACUCAAUGGGUGCUCAAGGUUGACCGAUACGGGUCUACAGUACAUUGCGGCGAGGUGUCCGGAGCUGAUAAAACUAGAGAUCCUUGGAUGCCAUCAGAUCACAAACUGGGCGCUGUUCGAGAUUGUGUCGAAGUGUACGAAUUUAGAGCAUUUAAACGUGUCAGCUUGUCCGAGUGUGACCUGUAUCAGUCUGACUCCCGAAGCCUCCAUGCAGAGCUCACCCCUCCGAAGCAAACAGAUCCUCCUCCGGCACUUGGACCUCACGGACUGCCACAACUUAGAGGACUCCGGCCUCACCAUCAUCACCUCCCAUUGCACCCAACUCCUCUUCCUGUACCUACGGCGCUGCGUCAAGAUCUCCGACAUCGGGAUGCAAUACAUCGCGAACUUUUGCCCGCAUCUGCGUGAGCUUAGUAUAUGCGACUGCCGAAAGGUGACAGACUUUGGACUGCGUGAACUCGCAAAGUUGGAGACGAGUUUACGAUAUUUGAGCGUCGCAAAAUGUGAUAAGAUUUCCGAUGUAGGGAUCAAGUACAUUGCGAAGUAUUGCCAUAGACUGCGUUACAUGAAUGCACGGGGCUGUGAGGCAGUCUCCGAUGACGGGGUGCAUUAUUUGGUGCGGAGCUGCGGCCGGCUGCGCUCAUUGGAUAUCGGAAAGUGUGACAUCACGGACGAUGGUCUGUUCAGCAUUGCAGAAAACUGCGGACAAUUGCGGAAGCUGAGUGUGAAGUCGUGCGAAGGCAUUUCGGAUCAAGGCAUCAUGGCGGUCGCUUGUAGCCGGCCGCAACUGGAGCACUUGAAUAUCCAAGACUGUCCCGUGUCUAUUGAGGCGUACAGGGCUGUAAAGAAGUUUUGCAAAAAGUGUAUAAUUGAACAUACAAAUCCUGGUUUUUACUAGACCAUUGAGGUACCAGGUUUGAUUUUAUUGGAAGUCAGUGCGGAUAGGUGCAGGAUAUAGGUCUAUCAGUGCUGUCGAUGAAUAUCUGUCACCAGCAAGGAAACAAUAAUAUUUAUGUUUCUUUUGGCAUACAAAAUAUUCAAGUCGAGAAAUUGUUACAACGAGCAACUUUAUUGCCAAAAGAUGGCAGCAAUGGUUAGCGGUCCAAUACAAUCAGAAUCUUCCGUAGAAGAAAUCGAUAUGGACUUGCCCAUGUUGACAUGAACUGGAAAUAUCUUGUAUAUCGAACCGCUAUACUGACGCCUACCGGUAGUAAGUUUCUCACUGACCUGGCAGUAUACGCUGCAACAUUAAUGUACAUGGACUUCUGUAUACAUAGGUCCGUGAUGUAGGAACCGAAGGAGAGGCCUAUCAUCCACCUAUGGGCAAACAUGCUUCACAAUUUUUGUCAUUCAAUGGAGAGUUGACCAGCUCCUCGUCCAUCCAAAUAUGCUGUAACUCUCACAUUUUUCUGUACUGUGUAAUUCGUCCAACUCUUUCGAUUAAGGCCAUUACAAUAUCGGUGCUGUCAUUGCUGACGUCCAAUUGAUGUGUUUUUCAAGUAUAUCUGCGAUAGUUUUACUAUAUGCAUAAUAGAUGGCGUCUUUAAGUUGCCAUGAUCGGCUACUGUUAUACUAUGUGCAGUCGCUGGUGAACAAAUGCUUCUGCUUCCUGUUUUAAUGUGAUCAACGCCGUAUAUCUUUUUCUGAACUGAAAGGUAGUUGCGCUAGCAAACUACGUGUGGCAUUAAGGUCCAGGUUCAUUCCAGCAAGCGUAAAAUAGGAAAUUUGAACUUUAUUUUCCCUUAUUUAUGUAAAUAAGUGAAGAUACGGACUCACCGAUCCUGAGCAGACGAUGUGUAUAACUUGAUGCAACCCUUGUAUGUGUGUAUAAUGUAUAUUACACAGAAAACUGAUGUAAACUCAAUCACAUUAUUGAACGACGCUGACCUGUGACAAAAAAAUGUGACACGGUUCGAAAGAUACCCUUUUCUUUCCUUUAUUUAGCUCAGAAAUUAGUAAACGAUCACUCCUGGUAUAAGGUUCCAUCCACAAAUUUGUUACUUGUUCCAGCCAUUAGUUUGACCUGUCCACAAAUUGACGUAUUAUUCCUGCCAAUUAUUGACACCAUCCCAAUUCCGGCCUGUCAUGUCCCCUGAAAUAACGCAGAACAUGAGAGAUAUCGUAACAUGAAUCAAUCACCGGAGAAUUAGUAUAGUUGCCUUUUUCAGAUGGCGCCACUUGCAAAUUAUUAGCAUAUCUGUGUGCAUUGAAUGUCACAUCACUAGGAAUAUGGCAUCGCGAUUACUUUGACGAUGUCGUUGAUUGAUCUGGAUGAACAGUAUUCCGCUGAUAUUGACCACCACUGCUUCUUGAUGUUUUCUCUGGUGACAAUAACCGUGAGAUCACAUGUGCUUGUUCAGGAUGUGUACUCCACUUGGCGUCGCAUGGUUGCUGGAUGUAUAGGGCGUCCGAAAACGUGUUUUAAUUGAAUUUGACACACAAUCGUAAGCUUUCAUUUCGGUGAAAUGGGAUAUAGUGUCAUCCAGAAAAAAAGUUACAGGGGAACCGAAUGGGUUACUGUUAGGAUUUUCCAGUGUGACACCGAUUUGCUGCUGUGUAAUACAUGGAAAAUAUCUGACCUAUUUCUGCUUAGUAUAGCAUUCACGCCUAUAUUCUUUCACGCGAUAGAUGAGUCGUCACUAUGUGUGGUCACUGGCCCAACCAGUGGAAUGAUUCAACUACUCGCGGUGAAAAGAAUUCGGAGCUCUUUUGGGAUACCCUCUAAUUCAUCCGGCAAACUUGCCGCUGAUGAUGAUUCCUCUCGUUUUUGAGGUAAUUAUACAAACGCAGUAAUUUGAAACUAGCCUGUAUUAUCUGUAAAUAUUUUUUAACGUAUGUAAAGGCCAUUUAGAGAUGAGUUAUUUAUUUUGUUUAUAUUACAAACAUAAUAUGCUGGUAAUACGACAUUUCUAAAUAAAAUCACAAU